AUGCUUAGCGAUUUCAAGCUGUGGAAGGAACACGUCGAAUCGAACAUUGUCGCACCUACAGUUGAUGACCACAUGUGUUGCCUCGAAGCCUGCAUACAAAUUGUGCAUCUCACUGGUCAAGUACUUGAUUUGUCUAAGAUGGGAGAUUUCAUGACGCGCGAUGAGAAGCGAAAGCGCAAAGGGGAGUUCGAGAGGAAGUUUGAAUACCUCAAGGGCUGGUUUGAGGACCAUAUGGAAGGCCUCCCCGAGCCGGAGCGCGAGUCUCUCAAGAACGGCCUGGAGGAGGCAAAGGAGACCUUUGAAGCAUCAAUGGAACUCUUGGACUAG